ACCUGUGGCUCUUUGGCUGUUGGCUGAAAAACUUGAAGAAAGAUUAAAAAAAGAUUAAAGUCACAGAAGGGAAGUGACACUAUUAAUGGGAAGUAAACUCUGUAUCUCUCUUAAAGAAGCAUUAGGUCAGAAUCGUUGACAGUUGAGGAUGUGAGAACGAGAGAUAGAGACACAGAGGCACUAUGGGUGAAUUCAGAUGGAUUAACAAGACUUUAAUCUUUACUAGAUUUUUGAUACUCUUGCUUCAGUUUACAGUAACUGGACAAACCCGCCUCUCCUUCACUGUCAGAGCUGGAGAUGAAGUCACUUUGCCUUGUGGAAAUGUGAUAAACAAUCAGGAUAAAUGCAGCGGUACUUCUUGGCUUUCCAGUCGUUCUUUGGGGAAAACAGCAGAAGAGCUGAUCAGUCAUGGGCAGAUUAGUAACAAUGUGAUUGGAAAAGCUAAAUCCAGCAGACUGAGUGUUACAGCAGACUGUUCUCUGGUUAUAAAGAAGGUCACACAUGACGAUGUUGGACGUUACAGCUGCAGACAGUUCAGAUCAGGACAACAAGUUUCAGACUCUCAGGUUCAUCUGUCUGUUGUUACCCUGACUGAACGUCAGAGUGAUGUUCUGGUCAUCUUGUUCUGCUCUGUGUUGGCAUAUGAAAGGUUGGCAAAUGAAGGGUGUGAACACACAGUGGAGUGGUUGUAUGAGGGUAAUAAGAGUGAUGUGGAGAUAUCACUGCAUACCUGUUCAUCCACUUUAAGAUUUAUUCCUCAUCCUAAUCAGAAGUCAAAGUAUUAUGAGUCACUGAAGUGCAAUGUGACAGAUAAAAAGAAUGGAAAAACACUGCUGUGUGAUGUUGGCCCUCAGUCCUCAUGUGAGAAAACAGGAAGCACAUCAGCAGGAAGAAACAAUACAACAUCUGCUCCAAAACAAGAUUGGCUGUGGUUGUACAUCACUUUGGCCGUGGGUUCAGCAAUCAUCUUAGCAGCAAUAAUUGCUGCCGUUGUCAUCAGAAGAAAGAGAAAUAAAGGGAGCAAAACACCAAUGAAUGAAAACUAUGGACAGAGCUUAAACCCUGCAGUGACUCAGCCUGAUCCAGAGACCAGUCAGGACAUGGCUGAUACCGAAGAUGGUGUUUCCUAUGCCUCCAUCAGCUACACCAAGAAGAGCAACAGUAAAGCGCAGAAUAGAAGGAGUCAUGGCUCAAAACCUAAAGUUGAACAUAUAACAAGCCACCACUGCCCGUCAACAAAAACAAAGACAACUAUGGUUAAAUGUGACAAGACGAAAGGACUGGAUGGAGGCGAUCAUCAGAAAUGCUCACAUGUGCAGCGCACACUUCACAUCAGGCUCUGUGUAAAGGUGAUGAUGAUGAAGGUGAUGCAGUGACCUACAGCACUGUGAAAGCUUCUCCCUCUGCUGCUGCUGCUGCUGCUGCUGCUGCUGCCGGGGACUCUGCUGAUCCCAGCAACCUCUAUGCCACCAUCAACAAAGCAAAUCAAUAAGAUGCCACAGGUUACAUGAUUACAUUGAUUAUAUAUUGACUAACUGAUGAGAAAACCAAGUCUGUUUUUAUUUCGCAUUUGUCUUUCCCUACAAUACUGAUACACCAAUACCUUCAGCAACAUUUUCUUUGCAGUCUUGUGGAGCACUUAAUAUUUAAUUUUAUUUUUGUAUAUAACCCUUAUGCUCUUAUCAGAUUAAUGACAUUGUUAUUGAAACAUAAAAGGGAAGAAAAGAAACUUGAAUGCAGCUACAUCUGGUUGUUAUUUCUAGGAUUAUAAUAUUGUAGUUAUUUGUCACAGUUACAUGAACAUGUUACCAUUUUUUGUUUCUGUUAUAGUUGUUUUUGUCAUUAUUUUGAGGAUUUAUUGCUGUAAAAAGCCUUUCUGGCCUGAAGGGGGUGCUGUAGAUUAACCAGAAGCACAGUGUGAAAAAGAGAAGUAAGAACCUGACAUUCAUAUGGCUGGUCUCUUAAAGGGUCAGUGUGUAAGAUUUAGGGGGAUUUAGUGAUCUAGCUGAAACUUCUCCACAUUAGAAUUCCUCUAGUGUUCAUUGUUCAGGAGGUUUUUACCAGGAGCCACAUUAUCCGCAGAGGUCUUGUCUUCUUCAAAGCAAAUGGAAGAGCCAGUAAGUUAAAAACACAUAGAACACAUAGUUAAAAGAUAAAUAAGGAAGUCAUUAAUGCAGUGUAGUCAGUUCGGCUCGUGGGCUAUGUAUAGUCUCUUACACAGACGCUGAUGACGUCAGCACGCUGGCUGACUCUGUCGUCUGUGGACAUUCCCAUAGGAAAGUUGUAAUAGAACUAGCGCUGGCUCCCAGCGGUAGUGAUGUGAUUGGAUCCAAAUCCCUGUACUUCUGUACUUCCUCGACCAAUGGCUGAUUAGCUUUGCCUUACACCUGCCUACACUGGAAUUGCUGUUCCCUGAAUUGUUGUCCAUAGUACAACAGAAAAGGAAGUGUUCAGUGCAUCGCAAGAAGAGAUUAAAAUGGAUAUGAUUUCAUUUGAUUCAGCUAUAUUGCAGAGCUGCAAGGUCUCUGUUACAUGUAACACACGUGUUGCACCAAUGGCAGCGCCGUCACGUGGUCUGGAUAUCCCCGCCCAUUUCUAUUACAAAACGAAAGACGAAUGUCCCCAGACUCCCAUUCCGAAGUAAGGGAGGCUGGUCACGUGAGACUAGGCUAUGUGUUGUUCAUAAGUCUGACUGCCUCAGGAAAGAAACUGGAUCUGAGGCGGAGGUCCUUGCUUUAACACUGCUCAGUCUUCUGUGCAAGGGCAGUGGGGUGAACAGGUCAUGUGUAGGGUGUGUUGGGUCCUCGAUGAUGUUAGAGGCCCUGCUCCUGCAGCGGCUUACAUAAAUGUCUUUUUGUCCGCUGCAGUGCAGUUGCCAUACAAUACGGUAAUGGCCUGGGUCAGGACACUCUCCUCUGCACAUCUGUAGAAGGCAACAAGGGUGGAGGAACCAAGGCUAGCAUGCUUUAAUUUCCUCAGCUAUUAAAGACGUUGGUGGGCCUUCUUGACCACGCUGGCUGUGUUGGCAGACCAGGUGAAGUUGUCUGUGUAGUCCCGGAUACUUGAAGCUGGGGACCACCUGUACAGUGGCUAGUAGUCCACCCCGCUUGCCCCUCUUCUGCCUGCGUGAGCACUGUCUCCGUUUUUUCCCAGCACACUGUCCGUAGCAGUCGCAAUCUACCCAAAACUGCCUUCACUUUUGAUGGUAGUAGGACAGUAAAGCUAUUUAGCACUCGCAGUUCAGAUAUACUGUAGAUAAACACACAUAGCCUCGAGUUAGUAACGCAUGAAGAAGAUUCACUGGGAGCUUGAGAAGCUUGCUGCACUACUGCGCGCCGCCAUGUUGCAAAAAUAUACAUGUACAAAUACAUACAGACAUACUUAUUCUUUUAUGUCCCAUUUCCAUUUAUAUUCCAUUCCUGCCGAUAUGUCCCCCUGAAUCCUACACACUGGACCUUUAAAUAGAUGAGAAAAUGUGUGUAAUAUGUGUUAUAUUUUCUUUUGUAAGCUCGUUCUCAUUAAUUUUACUGAGAUGACAGUGUUGGAUGUUUGCCUGUAGAACUAUGGUGCUCAGAGACCUGGUGGGAGCUCUCAGGGUUUCUGGCUCAGUAACACAGAGGAACUGGUGUUUGUUAUCAAGUGUUUAUUGUAUUAUAGUUUGUGUUUUGUGCUGCUUUGUAUCUAUUUUCUUGUCAAAUUUUGUCCCCAUUGCAAUAAAUAAUAACAUGGCUGUGUUCAUACUUUUCCCUCGUCCUCUGUACUUGUCUCAUAUGGAAUAAUUUGAACAUCUAGUUUCCUUGGAAC